CACUGGUUUGAACGUCUUUUACGGUCAUGGCAACCAAUGACUUGUAUUUGCAUUUACGUGUUUGCUCUUGUCAUGUUGCCAGCAGGGGGCAGCCAAGAAGAAAAGGACUACAGGUCACUUCCCCUCCCCGCUGAGUGAGGCGCCACACCCAUCCGACCAAUCAGAGCGCAGGCCUGUCCUCUUUUUCACAUCCUCUUCAGUUUCCAAGGCAACAGGAUUCCCCGUUUCCUCCUCUCCUCUCUCAUUCUCUCCGCUCGGGUUUCCCGUCUUGAAGGUGCCGCAUCAUCGCUUAGCUUAGAAUUAGCUUAGCAUCGUGGAUGCUAGCACCGCAGUGGGACUGUCCCGACAGCGGAAAGAGGCGCCUCCCUUCCUACCAUCCAUCCAUCUUUCCUCCAUCCAUCCAUCCGCUGCGUCAUCCUCUCAUCUCAACUCUUCAAGGAAACACUGACCGUCCACAUGUGGCUCCGCCCCUAAACCACCUCCUCCGCUGUCAAUCGUCUCAUCCUCGUCUUUGUCACCAUGAGUGUGGUGACCUUGUCACCUUUGACCCCUGAGUCACCGUUCCCCAUGAUCACUGCGGCCACGCCUGCUGAAGACCAGGAAGGGGUGUCCCAACCUGGAAAUGGCAAUGUGGGGACUGACACCUGCCACAGGUCCCGCGAUGAGAAGCCCCCCCCUGUGCAGGCGGGGGCGGACUGGCAGGUCCUGCUUCACCUUCCUCAGAUGGAGGCGUGGCUUCGGGCCAGCGCCGCCAGGGUGACGCAACUGACGCGCUCGGUGGCGCAAGAUGGCCACAACAGACAUGUCGAUACGCACUUGCUGCAACUCAAGGACAUCUGUGAGGACAUCUCUGACCAUGUGGAGCAGAUCCAUGCUCUCCUGGAGACCGAAUUCUCCCUCAAGCUUCUGUCCUACUCCGUCAACAUCAUAGUAGACAUCAGGACAGUGCAGCUUCUGUGGCAUCAGCUAAGGGUUUCGGUUCUGGUCCUGAAGGAGCGUCUCCUUCAAGGUCUGCAGGACCCCAACGGAAACUUCACUAGGCAGACCGACAUUCUGCAGGCCUUCAGCCAAGACCCUGAACAGGAACAACAGCACCAGACUCGUCGGCUUGAUGCCCUGACGGAGGUGGAUGAUUGUGGUCAGCUGACCAUCCGCUGUAGCCAGGACUAUUUCUCGCUGGACUGUGGCAUCACGGCCUAUGAACUGAGCGACUACAGUCCAGGUGACGAGCCGGCAAUCCGGGAAAACCAGGGCCAGGAUGAGGACGCCACCCAGGAGACAGAUGAGAUUCAGAAUGUUGGUUCAGAAAAGAGAGAGGAAUGUGAACUACUAGUGACGUCUAGUGAUUCAUUACGCCACACCCAUCCUACUGCGGGAGACAUCAAUCAGAGCGAGGCUGCAAAGCCUUGUGUGCCAGGUGACAGCCAGAACACAGAGCCGUUGUUUCCGAAGAGAGACGCUCUAAUCUCAGACGAGGUGAAGGACACCAGAGCUGUCUCUCAGCUAAAAGUCCAAACCGAACUCAGCCACAGUACCAUUGCCACUCUCGUGGAUCCCAUCAUGGAUCCUCUCAUGGAUCCUCUGGAUCGUUCCAAGUUCUGGUUAGAGUUGGACUCUGUUUCACAAGAUGUCCACAACCUGAAGAGAGUUCACGUGAAGACAGACGGGAAAUCUUUUGGAGCCUCCUCGCCUCCACAGCAAAAGGCCUUCCAGAGAAAUCGAGUACAUCCCGGCGCUCACGGCAACGGUGACUCAGACUCCUCUGCACCAUCACCAACCAGAGAGCACAUCAUGUACUCGGACCUGGAGGCCAGUGGGGAGGAGUCAGACCCCAGACCAUCUCCUGGCAAGAUGCCAUCCAGGCUAGGAAAGCAGAGAGGACACAAUCAGGCUUUUCGGGGCUCUUCAGAGACCAGUCCAGAUCGGGAACACUGGUAUGGCUCCGAGGAGUUCCUGGCACUCCCUGCUCAGAUCCACAAGAGCGAGAUUCUGGCCAUCAACUUGGAGAGUCUGGCCCGAGCACUGAAACCUGGUGGAGAAUAUAUUACCCAUGAUGCCUUGCAGGAUGUGGAUGACUGGGAUUUAACUGAACUCAACCAGGAGAACUGGGAUUCUCCUGAAAGCGGGGACGACGUACUCUUUCCACCACUGGUUCCAAUCAGGCGAAACCCCCUCAUUCGCAGUAGCCCCGUCUCCUCCAGUGACAUUGCUCCCUCAUUGGAUGAAAGUAUCGAGUCGGGCCGGCUGAGCGAGCUGCUGUCUGAAGAUGAGGAAGGCCGGCUGCUUGGGCCUGUGGCGCUCCCGGAGGAUGAACGGGGUAGUGCGACUCUGGUGCGACAGCUUAUCGACGACAUCAGCCGAGACAAAGACCCGGACGUGUGGAACAAAAUGGAGAAGUUUGUGCAGCAGUUGGACGGAUUCAUCAACUGGAUGACGGCGGCCCUAGCGAGCACGCGUGACUGGACGCCGCCUGCGGCCCACUUGGACGCGCUCAAGCGCUACCUGGACACACACCUGACAUUCAAACUUAAUGUGGACAGCCACUGCGCUCUGAAAGAGAGCAUCAUGGAGGACGGUACAGCUCUACUCGCAACCAUACCCGCCCAACAAUCAGGGCUUCGCGACAUACUGGAAAUGGUGUCCAACCAAUGGGAGCAGCUUCAUCUUCAGAUUCGACGCCAACACGCUUGGAUGCUCCACGCCCUGCGACUCAUCCGAACACGCCUCCUGCUGCACGCAGGCCAAUCGCAGCAGCCCGGGGAGACGUCUCCGCCCGACCGCCUCCAGGCAGAACUGCUGUCUGGCCGACGUGACGCCCAGCGAGUUGCUCUCCAACAGAUGGCUGCUAAGCUUAGCAGCCUGCAGUACACCUCAAACGCCAACAAGGGACACAACAUGCACCUGGGACGCAGCAACAGCUUGCAGGAAUUGGAGUGCGCGUAUGACGAGCUCUGGGAUUGGCUGACAGACGUGGACGCCAUGGUAACUGAUAGCCACCAGCUAAUGAUGUCGGAUGAACAGCUGGAACACCUCUUCAAGAGCAGCCACAGCGAGCUUCUGGCGAUGGAAGAAAAGAAAACAAGUUUGCUUGGCCGAGUUGAGUCGCUCAGGAGGAACUCUGAACAACUACCGCCAAACUUUAACCACAAAAUACAACAACUCACACACAAAUGGAAGCAGCUGGAGAAAGUUCUCUCUGGACUGUCGGUCGGCGGGACGCAGAGUUGCCGUCCCCCUGAAACGAAGGCAGAGUUACUGCCGGCGGUGGCGCACGCGGAUGUCCUGGAGCGUCUACAGACCAGCGUGCAGGAGUUGAAGGCGUGGCUGCGGCAUACCGAACUUCUCAUCUUUAACUCAUGUCUGCGACGGCCGCAGGGACAUGCGAGACAACAGCUGCAAAGCUUUGAGUGUUUGUGUUCGGACGUGCGAGCUCGCCGCCGAGGGGUCUCGUGGGUUCUGAAAGUUUGCCAGCAGCUGCUCCAGUCGGGCCCCGAGGCGGAGCAACACCGCGAGGCUCUGCAGCUGCUGUCCAUCAACCUGGAGCGGCGCUGGGAGGCCGUCGUCAUGCAGACGCUCCACUGGCAGAACAGACUCAAGAAGGAGCUGGGAGAGCAACAGGUCCCAGGGAACUUUCUGGAAGCAAGCCUGGUAGACCUCCACCAGGCGAGCCCUGUCCAAGCUCCCCCAGGGACCUCGCUUCCAGACGACUCGUGGGAAUGGGACGAAACAGACAUGACCAUUACUGAAGCUCCAGAAGCACCAGAACCAGACCUAACGCACAAUCUUCCCUGCUCUGAGACCAGCACCCAGAGGAGUCUUCAUCCUCACAUAACUUCUGAAGUGGUUCCGCCUAUCUACCAGAUAUACAGCGUCCACACAGUUGAGUUUGACAGUACUCCAGAGGUUCCCUGCAAUUUCUCCAAGGCAACCAAGAGGAAGCAGCACAUUUUUCAGAAGAGUCUGAGUAAGGACUCCACGUUUUCCUCAAUGGAGUCCCUUCCAGACCUCUUGGGUGGGCUGAUGCCAAGUGAGCGUCGGGGGGAGAGGAAGCUUCAGAGGGAAGAUGGAAGGGACAGCGGCCAGUCAUCCAGCGGCCGUCGCUCAGAGAGUGAAAGCGGAAUUGUUAGUGAUGCCGGAGACGCUGAAAUGACACUCUGCCGUGGAAUCGUCGGAGAUGAAGAGGAAGUGGAAAUGGCCACUCUGAUGCUGCGCACACAGAACCAAAGAGCGGAUGAAAUCCAAAGAAUCCAAAGACCCACAGAAGAGGAAAAACUGUUGACUCUUGGAAAGUGUCAAAGUGAGGAGCUCGAGAACCUAACCAAGGAUCAGGAUGACUCGGACCAAAGCACAUCCAAGUUUCUUCCGGGUCGGUGUUUGGAUAAAAUCCCCGGGCUUCGCCUCGCAAACGCCACUCCUAUCUUAUCUCCGGGGUCUUCUUUAGAGUCCAUCCUGUCUCUGGGCUUUGAACUGUUUCCCUCCAAAGAGCACCUUCAUCGCAGCGCCUCCCUUGAAAGUGGCCUGGCCGUGUGUCACAGCCUGGAUGGCGACACCAGCGCCAGCCUAGUCAGCCUGACUGAACUGGACCUGUGCCAGACCAGAGACGGGGACCACAAUGAUCCAGACGACCAAAGAGCUCAAGGAGAGCUGUCAUCUGGGGAGCUGAGCAGAAGAACUCUGGAUCUUUUAAAGCGUCUGGAGAACAUUCAGAGUCCUCUGGCCACCAAAAUGACUCGGAGUGUGUCGGACAUGACGCUGCGGAGCAGAUCUCCUCUUCACCGUCGAUUGAUGGCCUCUCCUGUGCUGGGGGGCCGACGCUCACGGGGUUCUAACAAAGCUUUGCCAUCGCUCCUCAAUGAAAGCUCGACGUCGCUCACUGAGCUUAGUAGUGCCGAAGAGUCUUCCGUGGGUUCCGAAGACCUCACCAUGCUCCCGAAUCACCAGAACCUCCUUCUGGACCAGGCCUUGGCAGGGAGCGGCAAUCAAUCAUCCUACAGGAGGUGCUGCAAGAGGAGUGCUCACCGAGAGGAGGCAGAUAACGUCAGCUUGAGCAUGGUGGUCAAUGUUUCUUGCACUUCCGCCUGCACGGAUGAUGAGGAUGACAGCGACCUCCUGUCAUCGUCCACCCUCACCCUCACCGAAGAGGAGAUAGGAGUCCAGGAGGAAGAAGAAGAGAGGCUGACACUCACAUCAUCCGGGAAUGACGACGAGGAACAGGAUGACGAGGUGGCCAUGGAGGAGUCCUACAUGCUUGGCUUGGACUAUAUGAAGAAGGAGCUCCAUGCUUGGAUGCGACAUCCUCGUGUCACAUCAGCCACCACUUCAAAGACAGAAGCUGGACUUUUGGAUGAACUUCAGUGCGGGACCAACCCAGAACAAGGAAACCACCUGAAUUCUUCCAAACUUGACCAGGAACUUCAUCAAGAGGAGGAGAACCAAACGAACACUGCGAGGAGGUUCAUUAGCCAGUUUUUGGACGAUGUGGAGAACGGUAAUGUGGAGCAGUGUAGCUUGAAAGACAAAAAUGAGGACGACGAUCUCCUGCGGGAUGAGUCCAGCGUGUUCACCAAGAGAGGAGACCCUCUCAACAUCAGAGUAGAAGAUGCUCUCACCAAUAGAGGAGAUCUUCUCGGCGAAUCCUUCACAUUCUCCAAAAUUGAGGAGGAUGUAAAUCCAUGUAAUCAGUUUCAUUCGUCACCAUCUUGUGAGUUUCUGCCGCCCACUCAUGGAUCCUCCUUAGUGGGUCAACUGAAGGGCGAGUUACCCUGUCAGAGCGCCUCCUCACCACCAAAGGAAGGACCACGGUCCCUUGACAGAAAGGCCAUCACCAUCCAGGAGAAGUUCAAGUUCUCUUCGCUGGUGACAGAGGAGAGCAGGAGCGAACUCCGGGACAAACAUUCCUGCCAACUGACCAAAAAGUGGAAAGGUUCUCACAGUUCCUCGUGCUGCCAGCACCAGCUUUCCUUGCCCACUUCACCCUCCUCAGACCAGGCAAAGGACGCUGUGCACGACUUUGUUAUGGAGAUCCUCGACUUGACUUCAGAGGCCCGAAAGAGCAAAGAGAUUCCAAGACAAGAGUUGACGCAGAGAGAAUCUGACGCUGAGCUACGGCCCGCUUCAUUCAAGCACAUUAGAGACAAGGUGGUGCAACAUUCACAUCAGCCCUUGCAUCUGCGUAAAGGCGACUUCUACGCUUACUUGUCGCUCUCAUCUCACGACAGUGACUGCGGCGAAGUCACUCAGUACGCAGAGGACAAGAGCGUUACACCUGUGCCGUACCUCAUAAGCACCUAUGCCACCUCCCCCACGCCAGGCCCGAGCCCCGACAUGACCACUGAAGCCAAAACACAGCGUCUAGACUUGGAGUCACGUGAUCAUCCCACCGCCAGCCCUGGCCCCUCACUGCCUCCCAGCCCGGACAUCCGGGAUGAGGAGACACUCUUCCCUGCCUGCACAGAGGAAGUGUACUUGGGCCCACCGCUCUGCUACAGCAUGCCGCCCACCAAUAAAGCACCAAAGAUAUUUCAACUGGAUGGCCCACAACCAUUCUUGGAGAAUGAGACUCAACUCAGAGACUCUGAGGAGGGUGGGAGUAUCAUCUCCGCUCUUCCGGGACCUACUUACCACGGCUCAACCCUCGACAACAACAUGCCAACCUAUGGAAAGACAUCAAAGAUCUACAAAGUAGAGGACCGACAACCAUUGACAGACUCCUACGAGGAGAAGAAGAUACCUGAGGAUGUCCAUAGCAUUGUCCUGGCUGUUCAGCAGCCUUCCACCGUGGUCUCUCAAAGCUCUCCCCUCUACUUCACCAUGCCACCAGCCCAGGAGACAUCAAAAAUCUCUAAACUUCAGGGACCACAACCUUUGAAAGAGGAGAAGACACCGGGUGAUCUUCAGAGUGUGAACUCGACUGAACCAGAGCCUCCUUAUAGCUCUUUCUCCGUCAAUAAUGAGGUCCAACAGGCCUUGCCAGUCGAGAAACAAGACACUCCAAGACACUGCCUCACAGACCCUGAAGGGGUCAAAGGCAUCACCCCUGUUGUCCAGGAGCCGCCAUAUAGCUCUUUUUCCAUCAACAGCAAGGCUUCAGGUGAAGCAAGGUGGAGGGAGGCCUCGCAACUUGCAGGCUGCGACGUGUCAGGCCGGCAAGAGGAGGCGCGUAGUAAUGAGGCUCCUUCUUAUCUUAAUCCCCGGGCGCGUGUCGCCCUGAUAGACUCCUCGCCGGCCCAAUGUUUGGCAGAUACUAAAACGCUUCAAUCCAAUAUUGGCGCCGUAAUGACCAAGAUAAGUGUCGGCGGCGGCGCGACAAAUCCCUCAAAAGAGCCGCCCGCCUCCGCCGCCGCCACGCGUAUUAAUCCCAAAAUUAACUGCAGGCCGAUCAAAGAGGCUGAUAGGGCGGCGGCGGGGAGGCGAGGUGAGGCCGCAGCCCGCGGCGGCAAGCAGCCGGAAGCCAGGACGGCAGGGCGGAGGCAUCAGGAAGCCAAGACGACAACUACAACUGUCACGGCGGGGAAGAAAAAAAAGCAGGUCAAUGCUGUCAAUCAAUCCACCAAGGCCCCACAGGGGCGGGGCCAUGUCUUGGUUCGGCCAAUCAGAACAGGACCUUCAGGGGGCGGAACCAUCCAGGUCCAUCUGUGAGGACUCGUCACACCUAAUGCUCCACAACUUGAAGAAGUUCACGCAGUAACACCACCAAACAUUUUAGAACGAGGACAACUGACAUGUGACUGCUAAAACGGAAUCUGAGGAUGGAGGACAAAAAUUGUGAAGAAAGUAGAAGUUACGAAGAAUAAAGGACAAUGAAAAAGAGAACAUUCAAGAUGGAACGUCACGACCAACAAACACGCGCACACAAAUGCACCCCAACACAAUUAUAUACACACACACUCACAUACAAAAUACAGAGUCCAUAUACAAGAUCAUGUGACCAAAUGAUAGUGUCUUUUUGAAGAUGACCCUGAAAGUGAAACGUAAAAAUGGACAGAAGCGUGAUGUUUUAUCUAUGCAACGCUGGCAUAGCAGCCAUGUUGCGUGUACGGUGGCGGCCAUGUUGCGUGGGUUGUGCUUUGGUGUUUUGCUGUUUUGCUUGGAUGAAGAUCAACUACGGUUUGAAUCUAUUUGUGCCUUGCUUAAGAUGACAUCUUCCUUUUUAGCCACCAAAUGGAUGAGGGUGAGGAUGAUGAUGAUGAUGAUGAUGAUCAAUUAUGUACAUUUGUAAAGGUGGAAUGCUACUUGUGUGUACUUUCGUGUACGUUGCUUUGCGUGUCCUGAUUGCAUGUUUCCCGCAUCAUAAAAUUUGCGCAAGAUAAUAAAUAAACGUCAUCAUCGGAGAAUUGUUUCAUUCUUUUUUGUUUUUUACUUGGAUUUGAUGUGUUACAGGAAGUCAAAAGAUAAAAGAUGUCAAUUUGCUAAAACAACUACAAAAAACAGGAAGUAGUCUUCUUGUUUGCUGUUUCAAGCUGAUGUUAUUAGGAUGUCUUGUAGCAUUUCAUCCAGGGAGUGGCAUGCUUGGCUAUGCGAAUAAUUAAUAAAAAUGUGAAUUUUUAUCACUUG